AUGAAGUUUUCCGAGAAAUUGGGUGCCCAUUUGACACCGGAAUGGCGCCAGCAAUAUAUUUCCUAUGUGGAUCUCAAAAAUAUGAUUCUAAAUGUCAUAGAAAAUGCUCCCAUCUCCCAAAUAGUAUCCAGCCGUGUCAUUGAAGUCUACAAUCGCAAUUUCGAAGAGGAAUUCUUUUUUGAAUGUGAAAAGGAAUUGCGAAAAAUCAACACUUUCUAUGCCGAGAAGUUGGCUGAAGCCACCCGAAGAAGUGAAGCUUUGGCCACGUCUUUGGAUAUUAUUGGAGCUGAAUUCCGCCUGAAGAAACGUACCCAGUCUCGUUAUAGUUUACAUGCUAAUGCAAUGUCGAAAACCUCAAAGAAAUGGAAGAAAGCGAAAAUGGAUGAAUUGCGAAAUGCCUAUAGCGAACUGUACUUAAGUUUGGUUCUUUUACAGAACUAUAAGGUUUUGAAUCAUACCGGAUUUCGUAAGAUCCUGAAAAAACAUGAUAAGCUAUUGAAUAAUGAUCAGGGUGGCCGGUGGUUUGCUAAAAAUGUUGAUACGGCAUAUUUUUAUAAAAAUAAGGAUUUGGAUCGCCUUAUCGAGGAGGCGGAAUAUAAUGUCACAGAGUAUUUGGAAAAUGGUGAUAGGGCACAGGCCAUGAAACGUUUGAGGGUACCUCCGCUCGAAGAGACACAAGAUAUUGGUACGGUGUUUCGAGUGGGAUUUUUCAUGGGUGCCUUUACGGUGUUGCUGGCAGCGGUGUUUUUGACAGAUUCUGUUCAGUCUUUAAGCCCUAUGGAUAAACAAUAUGGCCUGUUAUUAUUUCGUGGUCCAUUCUAUGUGAUCAUGUAUUUGUUUCUCUUGGGUGUAAAUGUUUUGGCCUGGCGUCAAUAUGGUGUCAAUCAUAUUUUGAUUUUUGAAAUCAAUCCCCGAAAGCGUUUGACUUCGUCACACUUGUUGGAGUUGCACGGGGUGUUUGGUGUAUUAUGGUCUCUCUGUGUUUUGGGUUUCGUUUAUGGACAGGAGUUAUAUUUACCGCGUUAUGGAUUUCCUUUGAUUUUCCUGGUUGUUAUGAUGGGAUUUUUAUUUAUACCCUUGCCCGUAUUUCAUUUGAGCGGACGUUUGUGGUUAAUGAAGUUGAUGGGUCGUGUUUGUGCCGCCCCCUUUUUCACCGUGGGGUUUGCCGAUUUUUGGUUUGGUGAUCAAUUGAAUUCGCUGGUUUGCUGUCUGUUGGAUUUGAAAUAUAUGGUCUGCUUCUAUUCCCUACAUUCGCAGUGGGGUAAGAAUUUCGAUCCAAGUAAAUGCCUAGAACGGGAUUAUUUGGGAAAUGCCAUAAUACGAUGCCUACCAUCAUGGUUCCGGUUUGCUCAAUCGGUACGAAGAUAUCGUGAUACCGGUUUGGUGCAUCCUUUUCUGGUUAAUGCGGGGAAAUAUUUUACCACUUUCCCCACGGUAAUUUUUGGAACGUUGAUGGCAGUUUAUAAAGCUGAUUAUCCUUACUUCUUCGAUAAUCCCUUUGUUUGGUGUUACAUUUUGGCAGACAUUGUCCAAAGUUUGUAUUGCUAUAGCUGGGAUAUUUUGCGAGAUUUCAGUUUAUUCGAAAACUUUUCGGGCAAGAAUAUUUUCCUCCGGGAUCAGAUUAUAUAUCCGGCGAAAUUUUAUUAUUUUGUCAUUGUGCAGAAUUUAUUUUUGCGUUUCUUUUGGGUUAUCUCCAUGUUUAUGACGGUGAAUCGAGGAAUUGAGGGUUAUAUUAUGGACACUAUUGCAGGGUGUUUGGAAAUUUUUAGACGCUAUCUUUGGAACUACAUACGCCUGGAAAAUGAGCACCUCUUCAAUGUCGGACAAUUUCGAGCUGUUCGUGACAUAUUCAUUGCACCCAUAGAGGAUGAUAAAAGUUCAAUAAACUUAGAACGAAUGAUGGACGAAGAAGAUGGUGUGACGAAUCGUAAAAGAAAAAUUAAAUUUCAGGAUGAUGAUAAGGAAGAUUAA